AUGUUUGUCUAUCAGCGGCCUCGUGUAUCUCUUCCUCCGCUUGUUGGCAUCGGCCUCUUCGUAAAUGCUCUUGUGGUGUUUGUGUCAAGCGAUGGCGAACUUAUGCCCGCCUCGCCAGAGAUAUCUAUGCAAACGAACGAAACACGAGUUAGAAACAAGGGUGAGACAGACGGUGGAGGUUCCAAACCUCUCAAGUAUGAGAAAUGGGUCCACGACCAGCUCCAUCUUUCCAUCGACCCAGAUGCUAUAUUUCACCGCCGGAAAGAUCCUGUGCGUGAGGAGCUUGGGUACCUUGCCGUUCCGGUGAGGCUCGUCAUACGGCAAGAAGAACUAGCCGCCAGAUGCCUGACCACCUCCGUUUUCAGUGAGCAAGCCCUCGGCCUUGAUGCUCUCCAGAGAAAUCUAUCGAGAGGCGUCAUGGUGAGGUCUUCAUUUCCCUUUUUAACAAUGAGUCGUCUCACUAGGAUCGCCGUCGUCAACUCCGAUCGUUGCAAGCCCAAGAAGUGCAACCAAGAGUGCAAGAAGAGCUGCCCCGUGGUGAAAACAGGGAAGCUGUGCGUCGAGGUCUCGUCAGCAUCCAAGAUCUCGUCCAUUUCGGAGGAGCUGUGCAUUGGUUGUGGUAUUUGCGUGAAAAAAUGUCCAUUUCGGGCGAUAGAGAUCAUCAAUCUUCCCAGGGAGUUGGACAAAGAAACCACACAUCGAUAUGGAGCGAACAGUUUCAAGUUACACAGGCUUCCUACUCCAAAGCCAGGCCAGGUCUUGGGUCUUGUUGGGACGAAUGGAAUUGGAAAGACGACCGCCUUGAAAGUUCUUCACGGAUACCUCAAGCCCAACUUGGGGAACUUUGCGAAUCCUCCGGACUGGCAAGAGAUCUUGACAUACUUCAGAGGAUCGGAACUCCAGAACUACUUCUUGCGAUGUGUAGAAGAUAAUUUGAAGGUGGUCACGAAAACGCAGGACGUGAACAAAGUUCCUAAGGUGAUCAAAGGCAACGUCGGUGAAGCUCUCUCGCGGAAGGAUGAAAGAGGUGCGAUGGAGGAUGUUUGCUGUGAUCUUGAUUUGAUCGACGUCCUGGACCGAAAUCUGGAGGAUUUGUCCGGUGGAGAGCUCCAACGCUUUGCUAUAGCCGAGGUGGCCGUGCAGAAGGCGGACGUCUACAUGUUUGACGAGCCAUCCAGCUUUCUGGAUGUUCGGCAGAGGCUCAAGGCUGCUCAAGUCAUUCGGUCCCUUCUCACGCCAACCAACUAUGUGAUCGUCGUGGAGCAUGACCUGAGUGUUCUUGACUAUCUGUCUGAUUACAUUUGCUGCCUCUACGGGAAGCCCGGUGCCUAUGGCGUUGUGACGCUCCCUUUCUCCGUGAGGGAAGGCAUAAACGUAUUCCUCGCUGGAUAUAUUCCUACGGAAAAUGUGCGAUUCCGUGAUGUGUCCCUCACAUUCAAGGUUGCUGAGAGCGCUCAAGAGAGCGGCGAGGAAGUCCAGGCGUACACUCGGUAUAAGUAUCCUGCCAUGUCAAGGACUCAAGGAAGCUUCAAGCUUCGAAUCAAGGAGGGGGACUUCACAGACUCACAGAUUAUUGUGAUGCUCGGGGAGAAUGGAACCGGAAAGACCACUUUCAUAAGAAUGCUGGCUGGGCUACUAAAAUCCGACGACGAUUCUCGUGACUCCGAAGAAAUUCCCGAGUUCAACAUCUCAUACAAGCCACAACAUGUCAACUCCAAGUCCCAGUCCACUGUCCGGCAUUUGCUGCACACCAAGAUCCGGGACUCGUGCUUUCAUCCUCAAUUCAACACGGACGUGAUGAAGCCUCUCCAGAUUGAGGCACUCAUGGACCGGGAAGUUGCCAACUUAUCGGGUGGAGAGCGCCAGCGCGUUGCUAUUUGCCUUUGCCUUGGAAAGCCCGCGGACAUCUAUCUGAUCGACGAGCCCAGCGCUCACUUGGACUCGGAGCAGCGACUCGUGGCGUGCAAGGUGAUCAAGCGCUUCAUCCUCCACGCCAAGAAGACGGCCUUCGUGGUGGAGCACGACUUGAUCAUGGCAACGUACUUGGCGGACAGGGUCAUCGUCUACGAAGGAAAGCCGUCGGUGGAGUGCGUUGCCAACUCGCCCCAGAGUCUCCUCACGGGGAUGAACCUGUUCCUCUCGCACCUGGACAUCACCUUCCGGCGUGAUCCCACGAACUUUAGGCCGCGGAUCAACAAGCUCGACUCCAUCAAAGAUCGUGAGCAAAAGGCUAGCGGGUCUUACUAUUACUUGGACGACUAAGC